CCCUGUGACUGGCAUCAGAACAGCGCCAAGAACUGCCAAAAAAAACCGAACUUCAGCGGACGUGGAAGCAAUCUUUUGUUUCGCUAUGCUAAUUAGUAGUUAUUAGUUUAUUCAACCCAGCUCGGAUGGACGUUUGAGGGGAGUAUACCUUACACCAGGUGAGAAUAAGCAAGGUUCUUGAGAAAACCACGUUGCAGCGCUAGAUAAAGAGACAACCCAGCAAACACUGCAAAACACCUGAGCCAACAAUCCAAUAUCACCGAGGUGUUCUACCCACUUUAAUGGUCCACAUAGAGACCCUUAGAGCGGACACGUAGCCACGGAUUUCCGACAAAUAUGCGGCGACCCAAUCUCAAAUGGAUAGUGAAGGCCUCACUGCUGCUGUUGGUCUCGCUGACUCUCUUCAUACUGAUAACCAGCUGGAUCUCCUCCAGCCCGUACACCAACAAACCCGUCCAUCUUGGCGGCGUGGAACCUAUGCCUGAAAAGGCUGGCCUUUCCGGCGAUGUUCAGCCAAGGAUGCCAGCUCUUAGACAACCAGAGGCUAGGAAACCGCCGGAAGCCGACUUUGAAGAGGAGCCCGAGCUGCAAAAGGUCGAUGAGCCGGAACCGGACGAUCAGGAGGUCCACAACCCGCGACCGGCGAACGAUGAGCCGGAGCAGCAGCCCCAAGAGGAGCUGCAGAUGGCUCCGCCAGCGGAUACAUCGGUGAAGAAGGAUUGGCACGACUACACGGCCAUGGAAAAGGACGCGAAGCGAGUGGGUCUCGGAGAGAGGGGAAAGGCCGCCUCGCUGGACGAUGAAUCCCAGCGGGAUCUGGAGAAACAAAUGUCCCUGGAAAACGGAUUUAAUGCCCUGCUCUCGGAUUCCAUAUCGGUCAACCGUUCGCUGCCCGACAUCCGCCACCCUCUAUGUCGCAAGAAGGAGUAUGUGGCCAAGCUGCCCACUGUCAGUGUUAUCAUCAUUUUUUACAACGAGUACUUGAGCGUGCUGAUGCGCUCAGUUCACAGCCUGAUCAACCGCUCGCCGCCGGAGCUGCUCAAGGAAAUCAUUCUGGUGGACGACCACAGCGACCGAGCUUAUUUGGGUCACGAUCUGGAGGCCUACAUUGCGGAACACUUCAAGUGGGUCCGCGUGGUGAGAUUGCCAAGGCGCACGGGUUUGAUUGGAGCCCGAGCGGCUGGAGCUAGGAAUGCGACUGCCGAGGUGCUCAUCUUCCUGGACUCGCACGUGGAGGCCAACUACAACUGGCUGCCACCGCUGUUGGAACCCAUUGCCUUGAACAAGAGGACGGCGGUGUGUCCCUUUAUCGAUGUGAUUGAUCACUCCAACUUCAAUUAUCGUGCGCAAGAUGAGGGAGCCCGUGGAGCCUUCGAUUGGGAGUUCUUCUACAAGCGGUUGCCUCUGCUGGAGGAGGACCUUAAGCACCCAGCCGAUCCCUUCAAGAGUCCUGUAAUGGCUGGCGGCCUGUUUGCCAUAUCCUCGGAGUUCUUCUGGGAACUGGGCGGCUACGAUGAGGGUCUGGACAUCUGGGGCGGCGAGCAGUACGAGCUGAGCUUCAAGAUCUGGAUGUGCGGCGGCGAAAUGUACGAUGCACCCUGCUCUCGCAUUGGUCAUAUAUACCGAGGACCUCGCAACCAUCAGCCGAGUCCGAGGAAGGGCGACUAUCUGCAUAAGAACUACAAGAGGGUGGCGGAGGUUUGGAUGGACGAGUACAAGAACUACCUGUACAGCCACGGCGAUGGACUUUACGAGAGUGUGGAUCCCGGAGAUCUGACCGCGCAGAAGGCAAUCCGCACCAAGUUGAAGUGCAAGUCCUUCAAGUGGUUCAUGGAGGAGGUGGCCUUUGAUCUGAUGAAGACCUACCCGCCCAUAGAUCCGCCGGCAUACGCCCUGGGCGCCAUUCAGAAUGUGGGGAAUGCGAACCUUUGCCUGGACACCAUGGGCAGGAAGAAGCACAACAAAAUGGGCAUGUACGCGUGUGCCAACGACAUUAAGAUCCCGCAGAAAACACAAUUCUGGGAGCUGAGCUGGAAACGAGACUUGCGACUGCGGCGGAAGAAGGAGUGCCUUGACGUCCAGAUCUGGGAUGCCAAUGCGCCCGUGUGGCUGUGGGACUGUCACAACCAGGGUGGCAACCAGUACUGGUACUACGACUACCACAGGAAGUUGCUCAAGCACGGCACGGAGGGCAGGAGAUGCCUGGAGCUGCUGCCCUUCACGCACGAGGUGGUGGCCAACAAAUGCGACCCAAACAAUCGCUUCCAGCAAUGGAACUUCGGCACCUUCAACCAAACCGCACUGGACAACUACUCCCAAGACCUUGUCCUCAGCCUUUAACCGCUGCACAGCGAUAGUAUCACUUGCCAUGUACUUAAAAAGCUUCGAUGUAAAUAACUAGGCUAGAUAGGUUGUACGGCCAUUGGGCCAAUUUACAAUUUACCCCGACUCAAGCGCACAUUUCCAAUGCUAUAUUAGGGACUUUAAAUGCAUCUCUUAAAAUGGUGCAUCUCAAAGCAAUUCCGAAUGAUUUGUGACAUACUUUUGGAAUUUUGUUUGGUUUUAAACAAAAUUCUAAGUUAACAUAUUAUUAAUAACAAAUUUAUAGGGAGCGUAAGCCUUGAAAUUGUCGUAAGUUUUGUAUGACUUGUACUCCAAAAAGUUUGUUUUCAUUAAACUUAAAAAAAUAAUAUUGGGGUUCCUAACUUCACUGAGUUUGUUAACCCCCAAUGAUAGACCCAUUUUUGAACCGUAAAAGAAAAAAGCAGUUUGGCGAUUUUAA